AUGAAGUCAUCUUCAAACUCGUCUUCUCCAAUCUCGCACAUCAACAUCAAGACAUCAAAUUACCACAAAAAAGCCUUGGCAGAAAUCAAGGAUUCCCUAACGCCCUUUAUCAGCACUUAUGAUAACAAAACACAUAAAUUUGGUGAUGGUAAUAAACCGCCUCCUUUGCCGCCAAAAACUUACAAAAAUAAAACACUGGUCAAGGAUGGCAAGGGUGAAGAUUUGAUGUUAGUUUGUACAAAGUCACCAGUAGAAUUUUGUCACCAGUUUAGACCAAUUUUAUACUACCAUGCUGGUGCACCAAGUUUACCAAAUCAUCCAAGACUAAGCCCUGUCAUAAAGGAAAUAUCUGGUCAACAUAAUCUUGUACAAAAUACAGAGUUUACAUCUAAAAAUUUGCCUUUAUUUCCUGAAUCCAAAUUGUCAGGGUCACCAAAUAAGUUGGUUGCUCUAAAUAGAAACAACCAGGAGCCUGAAGGUUUACCCAUUUCCACAAAAUCCAAAAAUCCUUUGGUCAUCAAAUCUGUGAAGAGCACCCACGUGCAAAAACCAAUUUUGCAACAAGCUACUUGUCCUAAAAAUAUUAGUGGCAACCAAAAUUUUGAAAUUGUUAAUACACCAAUUAGCAGUUCUAAAAAAAUUGAUCAAAUUUGUGUAAAUGAUUUAAGAAAACAUUGUCCUGGAGUGUUAUCUGGUGAUGCUAGUUCAAAAAUCGUGGAUGCCAACUGCAAAUUACUUACUAAUAACAUUUGUAGAGCUGAUGUGCUAAAACCAGGAAAGUUGAUCAGAACAUGCAAGUAUCCUCCAAAAGUGCUAAAAGAUGAAUUUGGCGAGAAAAAUAUUGCUGAAGACUCCGGGCUACUAUAUAAAGCCAAGGUGACUGGCGAUUCAAAAAAAUCAUCUAGUGCUAGUCAACAUCUAAAACCAGGAAAGUUAAACAGGAUGUGCAAGUAUCCUCCAAAAGUUGAAUUGGGUGAGAAAAAUAUUGGUGAUGAGUCAAGACUACUACAUAAUCUAAAAUCAUCUACUGUCAGUCAACAUUUUCCGCAUACUGUUCCAAAAACGAACAAGGAUGUUUUCAAAGACCAGGAGAACCCAAAUGUAAACCAAGAAGACCAGAUGUUUUUCAAAAAUGAUAAAAUUGAAGAAGCUCGUGCAGGAUUUGAGAAAGUCUCCAAACAUCCUCCAGAUGCUGAUGUUCCAAAAAGUUUCAAAACUACAAUUGAACACAAAUACAAAAUCAAAAAACACACAUCCCAAAACUUCAAGCUCUUCCUCGAACAAAACUUAGAGAAACUCUUAAAAUCCCAGAAACAACGCCAACGUCGACGCGUUCAACUGGAGAAAGAAAUGACCAAACUUGCCCUAAAUUCUUUGACCAAGCACCAGAUGCGUCAAAUGUUGUACCAGAAAGAAAGCAAUUACAUACGCCUACAAAGAACCAAACUUAGGAAAUCUAUGUUUAAAAAAAUCCAUCAUUUGGGAACUGGUGCCUUCGGCACUGUCAGCCUUGUCCGGAAAGUAGACACAGGGCGCCUGUAUGCGAUGAAAGUUUUAAAUAAGCAAGAUGUACUAAAAAAAAAGAUAAGGCAUGUGGUUGCCGAAAGGGAUGUUUUGGCUGAAGCAGAUAAUGAUUGGGUUGUUAAAUUAUAUUAGUUUCAAGAUUUGCAGAAUUUGUAUCUGAUCAUGGAGUAUGUGCCAGGAGGUGAUUUGAUGGGGCUUUUGGUUAAGUUUGAAGUGUUCCGGGAACCUUUUGCCAGGUUCUAUAUUGCUGAAUUGGUUUUGGCUAUUGAGAGCGUGCAUAACAUGGAUUUUAUACACAGAGACAUCAAACCAGAUAAUGUUUUGAUUGAUGGUAAUGGACAUAUUAAGUUGACGGAUUUUGGAUUGUGCACAGGGGAAAGGGGAAAUAAUUAUUUGACCAAAAUGGAUUUGGAAGUCCAGUUGGCUAAUGAUGAUAUAGAUAAUUAUAAUGUUCCUCCGGAUCACUUGGUCUACUCUCUAGUUGGCACACCCAACUACAUAGCUCCCGAAAUUUUACAAAAACGUGGUUACACCAAGUUGUGCGACUGGUGGUCCCUAGGUGUAAUUUUAUACGAAAUGCUCGUCGGACAACCUCCGUUUGCAGCCCCAACAAUUCCAGAAACCCAACACAAACUCCUAAACUGGAAAAAACAUCUACACAUACCAGACAAACCCAACAUCUCACCAGUUUCUAAAAAUUUAAUCCAAGGACUUCUAUCUGAUCCUGGUGAGCGUUUAGGACAAACCGUUGACGAUAUCAAGAAUCACCAGAUGUUUUUGGAUUUGGAUUUUGAUGGUUUGAGGCAACAACCAGCUCCUUAUAUUCCUAAAAUUGAUUUUGAUACUGAUGUAUCCAAUUUUGAUACUAAAAGUGGAAAAGUGUCGCCAGGAGGUGAUGGUGGUGUUGGAGGGAUGUUUUAUGGACUUUUUGGGUAUACGUUUAGGAGAUUUUUUGAUGAUGCGCCUGAGAUUUUAAGAGAUUUAGAUGUGGAUGAGGAUGGUUUGAGGAAGUCUAUAUAUGUUUAG